UUCAAGAGGAUAACUUUUCUUGUUUGAUUGGACUGUCCUUGAAUCGCGAGGGAAAUCGUUAUGUGGUUCGGUUUAAUUUCUUCGAAUUAAUUAUUGUCUUGUUGAAAAUGGUGUACAAACGUAAAAAAUAUCACAGAGGAGACACUCAUUUAAAAAAGGGUUGGAGAACAAAAAGAAGAAAGAAAGAUUUGGAUGAGAUUGAUGAGGAUUUGAAAGAUGAGAACGUGAAAAAUUUGUUAAAUCAAGAAGUAGAUUUGGAUAAACCGGGAGCAGCUCAAUAUUAUUGUAUACAUUGCGCGAGAUAUUUUAUAAAUAAUACAGCUUUACAAGAUCAUGUGUCAACAAAAGUACAUAAACGUAGAUUGAAAGCUCUUGAACUGGAACCAUAUAGUAUAGAGGAAUCUGAAAGAGCUUCUGGAAAGGGAAGUUACGUUGCUCCAGAAAAACGUAAAAUUGAGACCAUAACUCGUGAUAAUUUUAAAAUGGAUAUUGAAUCAGAAUUUCAGCCACGAACUAAAACGGCUAAAGUUAAUGCAUAG